UUCACGUAUAUAGAUUAAAGUAUAUGAAAUACAUUGUCAACAUAAUGGAAUGCACGUUGAUCCCCUGUCUAUUAAAUUCCAAGUUCCCCGUAUUACCAAAUAUAGCAAUGAACUAUUACUUACUAUAUAUAUCAACCUAUCAAACGUUUUUCUUCAAUAAGUAACCAUUGCCUCUAUCUCCUUCUCCUCCCUUAAACCUUUGAUAAAAUGGCUGGCAGAAACUUCAGCAGCAUCAUUUCCCUCUUACUUCUCCUUGUAGCCUUCACUUACACACAAGCUAGUGAAAAUAUUCCAUACACAACAGAGAAGAAAAUAGAUGUAGUUGUGGAAACCACAGUCUACUGUCAAACCUGUGAGCAUUCAGGAACUUGGUCUCUAAUUGGAGCCAAGCCAAUUCCUUCAGCCAAAGUAAGCAUCACCUGCAAAACCCACAAAAACCAUGUUAGCUUCUACAAAGUGUUUGAAACAGACAAAAAUGGCUACCUCUAUGCACCACUAGAAGGGUUCAAGAUGCAGCAUAUAUUAGAUCAUCCACUUCACUCUUGCUUUGUGAAGCCUCUUUGGUCUCCUCUUGAAAGUUGCGUUCUUUUGUCGAAUGUUAAUUAUGGUUUGAAUGGAUCUCCACUUCGAUAUGAGAGCAAGAGGUUGCAUGGAAGCAAGUAUGAGGCUGUUAUAUAUGCUGCUGGUCCCUUGGCUUUCCAUCCUCCAGAUUGCUCAAAGACUCACUACUAAUUUCUCAGACAAUUAUGAAUUGCACUUCACCAACCAUUGAGAUUCUUUGACUAUUAUUAUGUUGUUUCUAUGAUUUGUAUCUGUAUUAAGUUUUCAAUCUUAAAUUGUAUCUUUUGUUAUGUUUCUAAUGAGUUUUUGCCUGUUCUAGCUUGA